AUGUCCAAUCCUGACCCUUGGGGUAAUCAGAAUCGCCCGUUAGGUCAGAAUUUCAACCGCCAACACCCUCCCGUUUUACCUCCACCUGCUACUUUGGAGACCGGAGGUCAAAAGUUUUAUCCGCUACCAAGUUUACCAAGCUUAGGAAAUGGCCAACACAAUCAACUGGGCCAUAGCUUCAGUAUUCCCGCUUUAGGCUCUUCUGAUCAACAUCCCGAUCACAGACAACAUUCCACUAGUCUACCACCGGCAAUGGCUUUAGCUGAACAGGGCCAGCAUCAUAGUCCUCCACAUCACCAGCAGCAACUUGCGGGUCAACAUCAGCCUCAACCACAUGGACCUUCUCAGACCCCUAGUGCUGUGUCGUCUGCCGGUACGGUUCCAACCAUACAACUGACUCAAGCAAGUACUGGUCUGACCCAGCCACCUCAACAACCAUCCCUGCAGGCCCAACCGCCCCAACCUCAACCAGCUCAACAACCCCCAUCUCCAGGCCAAUCAGUUCAACAACAAAUAUCUCAAAACGUACCCAACAGAUCCACCACCACAAACGUGUAUCGUCCAUUGAAUGUAAAGGAUGCGUUAUCAUACUUGGAUCAAGUGAAGAUUCAAUUUUAUAAUCAAGCUGACGUCUACAACAACUUUUUGGAUAUCAUGAAGGACUUUAAGUCUCAAUCAAUUGAUACGCCUGGAGUUAUUGAUAGAGUAUCAACUUUGUUUAGAGGCCAUCCAAACUUAAUCCAGGGGUUCAACACUUUCUUGCCUCCUGGUUACCGAAUUGAGUGCUCAAUGGAUCCUUCGGACCCUAACCCAAUCAGAGUCACCACCCCUACCGGUACCACCACCACCACCAAAACUGAUUGGCAUAGUGAUGAGUUGGCUGCGUCGGAUCUUGUGACUCAACAAGGUCAACAACCGGGUCAACAACCCGAUGGUAAUAGUGAUCAAAUGAAUCAUGCAAUCACUUAUGUCAAUAAGAUUAAGACAAGAUUUGCCAACCAGCCAGACAUUUACAAGCAAUUUUUGGAGAUCUUACAGACAUACCAAAGGGAACAAAAACCAAUUGCCGAAGUUUAUGAACAAGUGACUGUAUUAUUCUCUAACUCUCCAGACUUGUUGGAUGAUUUCAAACAAUUUUUACCCGACACAAGCGCUCCUCAACCAGCUGCUUACAACUCGAUGUCCCAAUUACCUCCAGUGGGGAACUUUCAACCUCCCACUGGAAAUGGCCCUAGUCCUUCUAAUGGUCAAUUUGGUCACCACGUUCCAUACCCACCCCAACAGCAAUAUCCUCCUGCUUCUCAAUUCAAUCAGCACUUGAUACAGCAGCAACAACCUUCGCAACUUCAGCAACAGAAGUUUCCUGCUACUUCUUCUUUGGUUGAAGCUAGUGGUGUUGGAAUACUCAAUGGUGGUAUGAAUAACGAUAUGCUAACGAGAAAAAAGAAGUCCAUCAGUGAAGGCUAUGGUUAUGACAAGAACUAUAAUACUGAAGCCCAAUAUUCUUCUAUGAGAACUGAUAUACAACCAAAGAUAGAUUCUAAUACUCAAAUCUCAUCUAAAAAUGGAAUAACCACUGUUACUAAUCCAACAUUGGUACCCGGUGUUCCUGAACCAAUUCCUUCGAGCAAUAUCAACAGAACUUCUUCAUUACUGGAAGAAAUCAACUUUUUUGAUAAAGUAAAGAAGGCAAUUGGCAACAAGCAAACUUACAAUGACUUCUUGAAGAUCAUCAACUUAUACUCUCAAGAUAUCAUAGAUAAGGAAACUUUAAUUGACAGAGUUGAGUCCUUCAUCGGCGACUUAAACCCUGAAUUGGUUGACUGGUUCAAGAUGUUUGUUGGAUUUAAAGAACCUGAGCAUAUUGAAACCAUUAUGUUCAAAAAGCAUCAAUUGGAAUUAUCAUUCUGUAAAGCUUAUGGUCCAUCUUAUAGACAAUUACCAAAAGCUGAAACUUACAUGCCAUGCAGUGGUAGAGAUGAGAUGUGUUGGGAAGUCUUGAAUGAUGAGUGGGUAGGUCAUCCAACUUGGGCUUCUGAGGAUUCCGGGUUCAUUGCUCAUAGGAAGAAUCAGUACGAAGAAAUCUUGUUUAGAAUUGAAGAAGAAAGAUUAGAAUAUGACUACCACAUGGAAGCUAACUUAAGAACUAUUCAAACUUUGGAGACUAUUGCUAACAGAAUUGCCAAUAUGACCCCAGAGCAAAAGGCCAAUUUCAAGUUACCACCUGGUUUGGGUCACACGUCUGUUACCAUCUACAAAAAAGUGAUAAGAAAAAUCUAUGACAAGGAUAGAGGCUUCGAAGUGAUAGAUGCUUUACAUGAAAAUCCAGCAAUCGCAGUUCCAAUUGUUUUGAAGAGAUUGAAGCAAAAGGAUGAAGAAUGGAGAAGAGCUCAACGUGAAUGGAAUAAGGUGUGGAGAGAAAUGGAACAAAAGGUGUUUUAUAAGUCAUUAGAUCACUUAGGUUUGACUUUCAAACAAGCUGACAAGAAAUUGUUAACCACUAAGCAAUUGAUCAGUGAGAUAAGUACGGUUAAAGUUGAGCAACAAAACAAAAGAUUAUAUCCGUUAACACCAAAGCCCCAGGAACAGUUGAACUACAAAUUCAAUGACCUUGAAAUCUUGUACGAUAUCUUGAGAUUGAGCGAUAUCUUCAUUAAUAAGUCUUCCAACUACUCAUCCAAUGACAGAGAAAAGUUGGUCCAAUUCUUCCAGUUCUUUGUUUCUUUAUUCUUUUCUAUUCCUCACGAAGAAAUUGAAGCCAAGUUGAAUGAAAGAAAUUCAAAGGAAAUCAACUCAAACGCAACUUCUAAAGAAGAAGAGCCUUCGGAUGUCACUAACGAAACAUCUGAUGAAAUAUCUUCUCCUUCUAAGAAACGUCCAAGAGAAAAUGAUUUAUUAAAGGAUGUAUUGAAGAAGCAAAGCAAGUCGAAGAAGGACGAACCUGAAGCUUCUCCUCAAAACUCUGAAUCUGAGGAUCAAUUGGACGAGAUUGAAAAAGCUAGUGACUUGUGGAUUUCUACCACUGGCAGAAAGUUCUCGUUGAAAGAUAAUGAAGCUUCUUUAGAGAAGAGAGAUGUUUACAACUUGUUUUCAAAUACCACUAUCUAUGUCUUUUUCCGUCAUUUGACAACGUUGUAUCAAAGAUUGGAAGAAAUUAAGUUGAUGAAUGAAGUUAUCGCUAAAGAUGUCAAAUCCCGGACCACCCCUCAAUUUGCUAAAGACUUGAACUUAAUCGGUCACCAAUUGGAAGACAUGAAUGUUGAGAUCACUGGGGAUAAGAACUGUUACAAACAAGUCUUGUCUUUGACUGAGAGAUUGUUGGAGGGUGAGUUAGAACACCAAUGGUUUGAAGAGUCCAUUCGCCAAGCUUACAAGAACAGGGCAUACAAGAUUUAUACCAUUGACAAGGUUGUCCAAGCUAUGGUAAAACAUAUUCAUACCAUGACUUCUGAUUCCAAGACCUCCGAAAUGAUGGUUUUGUUUGAAGCGGAUAGGAAAAGUCCAAUCUCUACAACCAAGGAUCAAAUCUUGUACCGUAUGCAAGUCAGAAGUCAUAUGACCAAUGAUGAGAACAUGUUCAAGAUUGCCUAUAGAGAAACUGAUAGUACUGUAAACAUUCAGUUCGUUGGGCUCGAUGACUUGACCAUCAAUGACCAUAAGUCUGCUGAAGAACAUUAUAACUAUUACGUCACAAGUUAUGUUAUGUCACAUCCUACUGAGGGUGUUCCUGCUUCCAAGAUUCACAUGCCUUUCUCCAAAGACUUUAUUGAAAACAUCGAUGAAGAUCAAUGCAAUGGCUAUUCUGAUUCACAGUUGAAGGUGUCCAUCUGCCAGAAUUCAUACAGAUUAUUCUUUGAAGCUGAUACCCAUGAUGAAUUCACUACCAACUCGGUGUAUGAAAAACCCACGGAAGACAGUAAAACAAGGGAAGACAAGUUAUCGACGUUAAAGAAGCUCCUUGAGGAUGAAGAACUCGGAUGGAAGUCUACCUUGAGUCAGUCUCAAGCUGCUCAAGCAGACGUGUACGAAGAAAAGAUCAGAAACUUGUUCGAUGCCGGUAUCGAAGAAUACAAGAGUAUCAAAAUUGAAAUUGAAGAACCAGAAAAGGCUACUGAAGAUGUCGAAAUGCGUGAUGCUGCUGACGAUAAUAACGGAACUGUAGGAUCCAAACAGAAAAAGAACUCUAAGUCUGAGUCUGCAAAGCACCCAGAUAUGACUAUUGAUGAUAGUACCAUGGUUCAAGCUAACGACACAACUAUUCAACAAGAUGGUAAUGACACCACUGCUGAUGACAAUACCGUCAAUGAGUCAAUUGUUGGUAUUGUCGCUACUGCUCCAAGUACGGCAGAAAAUCACGAAGGAAAAUGA